GUUGAACCUUAGGUCCCAUCAAAGAUUUCGUUCAUGCUCAAAUAAAAAACAUAUCCUCAUUUGGACUUUCAUGAGUGCUUUUAAAUAAAAAGGCGAUCAAAGGGGGCAGGUUACAGAUCCAAAAGGAGAAGAAUUUCCAGGAUUAUCUCGAACAUGGAUUAUAUUCCAUCCGACAUUUUCCAUUUUGAUCAAACCGACGAGCUGUUCCACAUGUCUUGCUUUCCCUGCAGCCAACAACAUGAUGAAAUCCUUGAAGAUCAAAUCCCACCCACCCCUUCUCAUAGUGGCGGUGAUAUCAAUCUCACUCACGACCCCAAAUUUGGCCGCCGCCGACGGCUUCGAUCAUCCGUCAUCAGUUUUGAUGAAAAUGACGAUGAUCAUGAAAACCCUAAUGCAAACAAGAAGAAGAAGGUUGUUCACAGAGAAAUUGAACGACAAAGAAGACAAGAAACGGCUGCCCUUUACUCAUCUAUACGCUCACUACUUCCUCCUGAAUAUCUUAGGGGAAAGAGAUCCAUAUCUGAUCACAUGCAUGAAGCAGCAAAUUACAUAAAAGAUUUAAACAAAAGGAUCCAAGAGUUGAGUGAUAAGGGGGAUGAACUGAAAAGCAUGAAAUCUCCAUUGUCUCCAUCUACUGCGCAGCAGCAAGAUUCGCAGCGUCGAGAUUCGGAUUCCGUAGAAGUUAGAUUUUCUGGGGCAGGAAUGGAGGUUAUCAUCAACACAGCUUUGAGACAAGGGCUUCCUCUUUCUAGUGUUCUCAAAGUUAUAAUUGCAGAAGGGCUUACAAUUAAUAGUUGCGUUUCAACUAAAGUUAAUGAAAGGUUGCUUCAUACCAUUGAUAUUGAGGUGAAUAAAAGUAUAAGCAUGGAUCCAUCUGAGCUGGAACAGAAAUUGAAGAACUUGGAAUAUUAAGUAUUUCCAUCCCAUUUUCUCGAGAAAGUAGACUGGGCAGUGGCGGAACUACAGCUGGGUCUGGCCGUGGCCCCCUGCCCUUUUUGAUUUUUACAUUUAGGGUAUGUGUAUUUUAAUAUAUUUUAAGCUUGCAUUUUAUAUUUUACAUAUUUGGUCCCAUAUUUUAUUAGUUUCUAUGAUUAUCAACUAAAUAUUACUAUGAAGAGUUUCUAAUUUUUUUUUUUAACUUAUCAUCAAAAUAGUUAAAAUAACAAAUUAGUUGUAUAAAGAAAAUUGAUUGAUUUGUCAUUUAGAUAUAGGUGAUCAAUAAUGUAUAUUAUAGUCUUAUA